AUGGAUCAGCAGACGAAGAAGAAGAGGAAGAAGAACAGGUUUUUCAACUGUCUCGAUGAGCUACCGGGGGACAUUUUUGUCGAGAACGAAAGAGGAAUCAGUUUCCUGGGCUACCCGUUUUUCUCUGCUAAACUGUUGAUCCCUCGACUGGAUCCCACUAAUUUCCAGCUUGUGAACUCGGAUGAUGGGCUUUUGAAAAACAUUUCGAAUGCUUCUGUGCAUACUAUUGCAGGGCUUUAUCCGCUGGUUAAGGAUGAGGCGAAGAGCGAGGGGAAUGGUUCUUCGAAAUGGUUUGUGCUGAUGGAUUUCCGCGGUAAGGUUGACAUGGAUGACCAAGGGUGGGUUUAUAGCUGGCAUUUCGCAACGGAGAGAUGGAAAUCGAAGCAUGGGUUUGUGAGAAGGCGAGUCUGGGUCAAGCUGCCGGAAAAGAAACCAGAGGAACGUCAAUCCGCGUUGCGGCGGUUGCCGCGAACGACAGCAAGCACUUCGGAUAGCUAUAUCACGGCUAUCGAUGACCAGGAAUGGCUAGUCAAGCAGUUGACGACUUCAUUGCUCGAUAGGAAGAGAUUUGAGCUGCUUGAUGAACUGUGUAAGAGCGGCGAUUUGAAUCUAAGCCAAUUGCACAAUGAACAGCUGUGCCAGCGAAUUAAAGAUUGCUUCCAAUACGAGUCCUCGGCAGACAGAUUUUCCAGGGUGUGGUUGCCGAGCAAAAUAACCGAACUGAGUAGUCUUUAA